ACGAGAUGUCUAACAGUGCGCGGACCGUAGGAAGUGCCGAGGAUUACUCGAACGACGAUGAGACGCACUCGGCCGAACGGACCAUCGAGUCCAUCCACCGACGGUUGCAGCGGUUCGAUUGGCCCGACUAUCUGGUGUUCGUGCUGAUGCUGCUCAUCUGCAUCGUGAUUGGGCUCUACUUUGGAUACCGCGAUCACCAGAAGCACAAGCGGCAGAAGAAUGCACGGCGCGGUUCGGAAGCCUUGGACUAUCUGGUCGGUGGACGCAAGAUGAAGAUCUUUCCCGUCUCGGUGUCGCUGGUGGCAAGCUGGAUCUCGGGCAUCUCGCUCCUGGGAACAUCGACGGAGAUCUACGUGUACGGGACGCAGUAUUGCUACAUUGUGCUCGCGGUGAUCAUUAUGGGCUUCGUCAUACAUCACGUGUUUCUACCGGUUUUUCAUGAUCUGCAAAUUACCUCGGCGUAUGAGUACCUACAACGACGGUUUGAUCAACGGAUGAGACUGUUUGGUUCGAUCCUCUUCACCGUUGCAUGUCUACUAUGGAUGCCGAUCGUGAUCUACGUGCCUGCCUUAGCUUUCAAUCAAGUAACUGGACUCAGCAUCCACGUUGUGACACCGAUCGUUUGUAUGAUUUGUGUUUUUUACACCAGCAUAGGAGGACUGAAAGCAGUCGUCUGGACGGAUGUUAUUCAAUCGGCAAUCACUCUGCUGGCACUGUUGACCGUGCUGGUUAAGGGCACAUACGAUAUCGGAGGACCAAUGGAAGUGCUGAAGCGCAAUCUGGCCGGUGAGCGGCUCGAAGCACCGAUCUGGAAUCCCGAUCCAACGCUACGCCAUUCCAUUUGGAUCAUACUGAUCGGAGCACCGGUUUGGUUCUGUUACGGUGUAUCCUGCAGCCAGGACAUGAUCCAACGAUUCUUGGCCCUUCCGACACUACAAGAUGCCCGGAAAGCGCUGCGCGGUUUCGUCCUCGGCUGGAUCGUCGUUAAUAUGAUCUUCUUUCUUAUCGGUUUGCUCGUGUACGCCACGUAUUCACGGUGCGAUCCACUAACGACACAGCUAGCCAAGGCGAAGGAUCAGCUGUUGCCGCUGUUUGUGAUGGAAACGUUUGCCGCGUACCCCGGAAUGACGGGUGUGUUUGUGGCGGGCAUUUUUAGUGCCGCACUGAGCUCACUCUCGUCCGCCCUGAAUGCACUGUCGGCAAUUACGCUGGAGGAUUUCUGCAAACCGUACUGCAGUAAACCACUGACGGAGAGGCAGAUUAGCUACAUUAUGCGUGGCUCGGUGCUAGUGUACGGGAUGCUCUCGGUAGUGCUGUCGAUCGCGGUGGAACAUCUGGGCACGGUCAUGCAGCUAACGAUGACGCUCAGUUCCGCCUCAGGUGCUCCCUUGUUUGGCCUGUUUGUCAUGGGUAUUCUAAUGCCCUGGGUCAACGGAACGGGCGCACUGUAUGGUGGUGUGACUGGGUUGCUCGUCAUGCUGUACACCUGCUUCAAGGCGCAGUAUUCGAUCGCUUCGGGAAGCCGCACAUUCGAUACCAAACCCACCUCGGUGGCCGAUUGCCCGUACGAGUUUGCCUUCAAUGCCACCGGUUCGUUGGGUGACGAGGAUGAGACGGCUUACGAGCAGAUGGAGAAAUCGUUCUACCACAUGUCCUACAUGUACUUCACUCUAUUCGGGACGAGCGUCACGUGUUUGACGGGAACGGUAAUUAGUUUGCUGACGAAGCUGCGGACCACCGACCGUCAGCCACCGAUCGAUCCGAUGCUGCUUGCACCCUGCAUCCGUAGGCUACAGACGAGAGUCGAACCGGUAACCAUCCACAACGUGCCGACGACACUGGACUGCAAACAGCAGAUCGAGUUGCUCGAGGACUCCACGAGGCAGACUAAGCCGGGCAAGCGGAACGAUGAUUGAUCGGUUCAAAAUGGGAUUCGGUGGCUAGGUGGCUCACGUACGGUGGCAAUGUUUGGUAUUUAAAAUGUUUUGCAAAUAUAC